AAGUGCUGAUAGUCUAUGCACAUCAAGAGCCCAAGUCUCAACGGAUCUUUGUUGAAGAUUGCUGUGGAAGAAUUGACCAAGCAGGGCUGCAGUGUCACAGUGUCGGAUUUAUAUGCAAUGCAGUUUGAGCCACGAGCAACAAGAAAUGACAUUUUUCCCUUGUUUUGGUUCAGCAUGCCUGCGAUCCUGAAGGGCUGGAUGGACAGAGUGUUGGUCCAAGGCUUUGCUUAUGAUUUGUCAAAGUCUUAUGAUGGCGGUUUGCUCCAGGACAAAUUAUCCCUGUUUUCUUUCACCACUGGAGGAACCAAAGAAAUGUAUUCAAAUGGAAAUAUCGGUGGUGAUAUUCGCUAUGUUCUGUGGCCCAUGCAGCAUGGAAUCAUGCACUUCUGUGGUGUCAAAGUCCUUGAACCUCACAUCUGUUAUGCUCCAGAGUUUGUCUCUGAGGAGAAGAGGAAGGAGAUGCUGACUGCCUGGACCCAGCGUCUGAAGACUAUUUGGAAGGAAGAACCCAUAAACUGCACUCCUGAGUGGUAUUUCAAGUAGUGCUCAGCAUUCUCUUGAAUUCAUGUCAACUUCAAGCAGCCAAUAUAUUUUGGCAAAGUACAGCAGGUCAGUUUUUCCUUGCAUGAAGCAUCGGAGUGGGGAGGAAGCCCUGGGCCGGUGAAGCACCUGGUUCCCAGUAGCUUUGUUUGGUUCCUCCCAGUCAACAGUAAUAAUCAAUCUCAUCUGUUCUUUUACACACUGCUCGGAGUUUUGUACAUGUGCAUCACUACCCCUCCUAAAUUGUUUCCUUCCCAGACCAAGGAGUCCUGUCCUGCUCAGUUGUUCUUCCAAGAAAAGUCUCAUUGGCUUUUGGGCAACCUUGUUGUUCUUCUCUGAACUCCUCCAGUCUCACUAUCCCUUUACUGAGAAGAGGCAACCAGAGGCACAUGCAGAGUCAACUCCAUGACUUUCUUUGCUCCUUUUAUAAUCAUCUCUGAAACAUGGUUUGCUUAAGCUAAUGUUUGCAUCUCUUGUAACCCUACAAACUUGGCCAUCAGUGGUAACGGUCAGCUCAAGGCCCAUUAUUUUAUACAUUUGUUUAGGGUAAAUUUUUUUCUCAUGUGCACCCCUUUGAUAACUCGACCUUCACUUUCUGUCUCAUUGCCCACUCAGUCAUUAUUCCAGAGCCCUUCAAAGUCUUACUCUUUUCAGAUCUCUUCAGAACACUCAGUAAAGGUGACAGAAGACCCUACAAUUUUUCCAAUGAUGCAAUGAAACCUGCACAUUUCAUCCUGCUGGCAAUAAAACCAGCUACAUGUCAAACACCUGUGGGUUUUUUUGAUAAUUUGAUGUAUUUAUAUUUUAUUUACUAUAAGUUUUAAUAAGAUGGUUGAGAUUAUUAGCACAAAGUAUGUAAGAGUUUCAUUGAGAUUAGUGAAAGUUUCAGUUAAAGUAAAAAGAGAAGUAAUGGCCUUAUUUAAUUUUCAUUAAUACUAAAAUUGAAGAUUUCUGCUUAUGUAAAUGCAUCAUUGUGAAAAGCACUAAAAAUGUAUUGAACUUAUUGUCCAUGUCAAGAUAACCUUCCUUUCUUCUCAAUCAGAAUUAAGAAAUUUCUCUGUAAAUUAAGAUUGCAUUUCUGGGUCAGUUUAUUUUCCCUAUUCAUUUAAAGAGGGAAUAUCAUAACUGGCAGCACUGACCUCUAAACACCAACAAAUAAAUGCCAAUCUCUGCCUUU